AUGUCGAAAAAGGUCCGCGAGUUCUACGUCCAGCAGAACGAGACGCUCGACCAGUUUGCCGAGGUCGACGACGUCCUCGAGUCGGCGCGCGCCAAGCAGGCGACGGGCGAGCUCAUCCCGAGCACGCCGCCGGACACGACUCGACGUGACGACGACCUGCGCGCGAGCGUGCGGUGGGCCGUCAACGUCAACACGCUCGUCAACGUCGUCCUUCUCGGAGCCAAGAUCGGCGUCGUCCUCCUGUCACACUCGAUGUCGCUCAUCGCGUCGACCGUCGACUCGGCCAUGGACUUCCUGUCGACCCUCAUCAUCUUCGGUACGACGCGCGUCAUCGAGCAUCGGUCGUGGCAGUCACAGUUCGCCUACCCGACGGGCAAGCAGCGCAUGGAGCCGCUCGGCAUCCUUUCCUUCAGCGUCUUCAUGAUCUCCUCCUUUAUGCAAGUCGGGAUCGAGUCGAUCCAGCGACUGUGCGACCCGCACCUCGAGCAGACGCACCUCCCGCCCAUCGCCAUCGCGACCAUGGUCGGCACCAUCGUCGUCAAGGGCGCCGUCUGGCUGUCGUGCCGCGCCAUCAAGAGCGCGAGCGUCGAGGCGCUCCAGCAGGACGCCGAAAACGACAUCGUGUUCAACUUCUUUUCGCUCCUCUUUCCCUACAUCGGCCAGCUCGUCAAGUGGCCGUACCUCGACCCGCUCGGCGGUGCCGUCCUCUCGCUCUACAUCAUCGUCGAGUGGACCCGGACCUUGCUCGACAACGUGGGCAAGCUCACGGGCCGGCGCGCCGACCCGCACGAGCACCAGCGCAUCGCGUACCUCCUCACGCGCUUCUCGCCGCUCGUGACGGCGAUCCAGCACCUGUCGAUCUACCACGCCGGCGAGGGCCUCAUCGUCGAGUGCGACGCCGUCCUCCCACCCGAGACUUCCCUCACGGUCGCGCACAACAUUGGCGAGGCGGCUCAGUACGCGAUCGAGCAGCUGAGCGGGAUCGAGCGCGCGUUCGUCCACAUCGACGUGAGCAGCAACCCGUUGAGCGGCCACCUCGAGCGGUGA